AUGGGAAUUUCUACGGCGCCGUACGAGUAUCAAGCGUGCAUGGAAAAGAUAUUUGGUGACCUGGAUUUUGUCGUCGUUUAUCUGGACGAUAUUCUCGUUUAUUCUAGUAGCGAGAAGACUCACCUCAAGCACCUGGGUAUUGUGUUCAAGCGUCUAAAGAAGUAUGAUGUUACGCUUAACGGCAAGAAGUGCCACAUUUUACGCGAGUCUGUUGACUAUCUUGGCUUCACUCUUACAUCCGAGGGGAUUCAUCCCCAGCAGACGAAGAUUCAAGCGAUCCAACAGAUCGCCGUACCCGAGACCAGAAAGGAGCUACGCCGCUUCCUCGGGAUGAUUAAUUACUACAGGGACAUGGUACCGAACAAGACGAAAUUAUGCCAGCCACUUAACCGCUUCACAAGCGCUAAAGUCCCUUUCGAAUGGCUAUCCAGUGACACGGAAGCGUUUCACGCUGUUCAGAAAGCGUUUGCGCAAGCUAUCCUGCUCGCGUUUCCCGAUUUCGAGCAGCGAUUUCACGUUUAUGCCGACGCCAGCGGUAAGCAGAUCGGCGGCAUCAUAAUGCAAAGAAAUCAGAUCCUUGCAUGCUACUCGCAAAGUCUGAACAAGCACCAAGUCAAUUACACUACUAUGGAACUCGAGAUUCUUUCGAUCGUGGAAAUUUUGCGCGAACAUCGCACCAUGUUGCUCGGUUUUCCUGUGGUCGUUCAUACCGACCGCAAGAACCUCAUAUAUCCUACCGAAACCAGUGCCUGCGAGUCAAGCGCUAGAAGCUUCUCCUCUCGGAAGACAAAGUCUAAGUUGCAGCUUGCGGAGGAGGUUUUUUCGACGACGGAUGAGCCAGACUGUGUCAUGCAUGGUCCUGUCCUACGAGAGCACCAAGAGAGAGACGCCAUGAUCCAGAGGAUCGAGACUUCCUGCCUUAAAGGCAACAACAACCCCGACUACCAGCUCCUACCGCUACUUGGCUGCACACUGGUUGCGUACCAAAAGCGCGUCAUUGUGCCCGACAGCCUGCGCGAUGACCUAAUUAAUUGGUACCAUUUGAGUCUCAGCCACCCGGGAAGUGAACGCCAGUACAAGACGAUGAGACAGGUGCUUUACUGGCCCGGCAUGGAAGCCGCUAUAAACAAGGAGACGAAGAAUUGUCUCGUUUGCAAGAAGGCCAAGGUACAUGGAGGCAAGCAAGACUACGGAUUAUUGCCACCUCGGACACUUAAAACAGUGAACCCUUUCGACUCGGUUCACGUUGAUUUAAUUGGUCCCUACGAGGAAGGAUAUUAUGGCAUCACUAUGGUCGAUCACGCCACGCCUUGGCUGGAAGUGGGUAUCCAGCCUGAUAAAAUUUCUCUGACCACAGCCGAGAGCUUCGAUCGUGAAUGGCUUUGCAGAUACCCGCGUCCAGUAAAAGUCAUCCAUGACCAAGGGACGGAGUUUACGGGUGAAGAGUUUCAGGAGAUGCUGCGCAGCUACGGAAUUCAGUCCAAGCCCAUCACAAGCAAGAACCCACAAGCAAAUGCGAUAUGUGAGCGCGUGCAUUUGGAGAUUUUGAGUGUCAUCCGUUUCUACGAUGGAAUUGACUGGAAAAAGACCAUACACUACGCUGCGUUCGCCGUGAGAGCAAGCUACCACAGCAUUCUCAAUGCUUCGCCAGGUCAGCUUCUCUUCGGACAAGACAUGAUCACUCGCCAGCUUUACAAUGCUAACUGGAGCUACCUAUCCAAGCGCCGUUUCGAUGCAAUCCUCGCUGACAACGACCGCGAAAACAGCAAACGCCUUGAGCAUUUCUACAAUGCAGGCGAUCACGUGAUGCUGCGGGCUCCCAAGCAAUUUCGUGCGAAGCUUCACACCGUGGCACACGGACCGUUCCUAAUACGUGCAGUUCAUGACAACGGAACUGUCACUAUCGACAAGGGUAAACGACCAGACGCGUGA